ACCUGAUGCCCUCAUAGUGCGCCUACGACCAGACCUACAGUGCACUCACUGCCAACACUUCUCCUCAUUUCAUCUUCACUUUCACUUCAACUCACCUCAAAUCUAUCACCAUUUUACUUCGUCAUCAUUUCAUCCUUCCCGUCUCUCUCUCUCGUUUGCUCAUGAGGACUGUUAUUUGUUUGUUGUGACUCCGCCUGUCAACUCUUUCAGACACUUCACCGCCGAGUUCCCACUGGUCGAGCCCAUCAGCCUUUGAAGUUCCUCAGCACGCGCACAGACCCCGAAGACAAACACACUGCAAACCAAGCCUCUCUCCACUGCGCUGGGACUUAAACCGGGGCCAAAGCUCGAAAGAAACAGGCAUCUCACACACACCGAACCUGCACGCUCCUCUCCACGAGUCCACGUCCGCCCAUCGAUAUCCUCCCGUCCACUUGGCCAACAUUCCAACCCAUCACUCUCCCGCCGACAAUCCCCUUCUUCCUCCUCUCUUUCCACGUCAGAUGUAAACACAACAAAAGAAAUAAUCUGGCAGUCUUUUCUAUACUUCGAUCAUCUCGAAUCAACAUCGCCGACCUCACUUUCAUUUCACCGAAACCCUAGUCGCUGUUCGACCCCUGGUCCCCCAAUUUCUCCCCUGCAUCUUCCCAGCCACCAUCAUUUUUCCACCUCCUCGUACUUUCACCUGCGAUCUCCCGAAUUUUGACAGACACCCUGCGCGUCCGGCACGUCUUUCUGUCGCAAUCCACAACGACUCUCGCAACACACUCGCUCUUUGCGCGACACUGUUGAGCCUUUCCUUCGUUACCGAUCUACGCACCACUCAGUCUUCAAACGCCGUGGCGCGAUACGGUUGCUGGCAUCGCGCACCCAACAGCUUAGUCGACCGCAUGACUGCAUAACCGAAUCCUGACACGCGUCCACAGCAUGAACGCUUGAGUACGGCGAACAUUCCAAUCUACCUAGACCUCUUCACAAGUGACUGCCUGCGCGGAAACUCACUCUCACUCUGUCGAUCCGCGAUCGCGCUCUUCCUGCAUUAUGGCCGACCGCGAACCUUCGCCAACUCUCAUGGCCUCCUCGGCGCAACGCAACAGACCACACAUGUCCAUAACAUUACCGCGCAACUUUGCUCCUCUAAGCCUUGACGGCAGCGACGAUCCAAAGACUCCUGAUCAGACGUUCGCUGAGCUCAAAUUACCACCUGCACCCCAUCACUCAACUUGUCGAGUUCGACGGACGCGAAUCACCAUGGACAAUUUCCAGACGCGCAACAACGCCCUUCUCCCGACGCUAUUCGCUUCAGAGAUUCCAAUCCCUUCCAGUGCCCAAUCAACUCAGUCUGCAUUUCUCGACAUCGAUGUUCCUAUUCCUUCGAUUGAAGCACCGAGCUCUCGGCCGCCAUACAUACACAGCAUUACCGAUCCGUCACCAAGCGAUAGACUGAAACUGUCCGCUUUCAGAGAUUUGCAGCUUCCACGUACUCCUAUUGCUCAGACCAAGGUGGUCCACUCGGACUACAAAAGUGGUGCCUGGGAUAUGCGUCGUUCUUCCUCGGAAUGUUCGGUCCGCUCAGAAUCGUCGGAAUCUUCCUCAGACAUAUUCACUACCCGACCUACCUCUUUCGAUGGUAGCAUAACAAGUCCAGACCUGGACUCGCAAGAUCCAUUCUCGCCCUCCAUUGUCAAGAUUAUCCCAGAUACCCCGUCACGAAAGUGUAAAAAGUUGAAAAUCAACACUCUCAUGACCAAGGGCAACGUACAGUGGAGCAUCGAGAUGGACAACCAUCUAUUCAACGUCUAUCAAAUGUACUUGGCGGAUCCUACUGUGACGCCUUUCAAGACACUGCCGGGCAGUAUUCCUCCUACAGGUGUAUGCCAUCGUGUAGCUCGAAAAGCCAAGGAGACAUGGCCAAGAGCAAGCAGGAUCAACAGGCCGCUCAUUAGGAGAUACAAGAUGCGCAACGUCAUUGAGAGCCGGAAUUUUGUCAAGGACAAGACACCAGAGCCAAACGACUUCCUGCGUACCGAUGACGCAAGAACUUCCUGGCCUUCAGAAUCAGCCACGAGAAAGCGCUUGAAGCAGUUGUGCAAAGAGAAGUUCACCAUCUCAGCACACUACCAACGCUUGCGCGAGUCGAGGAGUCCUUCGCCGUUCCACGAGCAAUUCCCUCGCCGCCCUCCGUCGAGGCUCUCGAGGUCAAUGUCGCGGCAAGCAGACCCAGAAGCGACCACUGCUUAUGCAACUCGAGAAUUGGGAAUCUCUUUGGUGGCUAGCAGUGCAACCGGACCUCUGGCUCAAAUAUUGGCACAUUCGCCUCCAGCACAGAAUACGUCGGAUGACUGGUUCAAUAGUCCCGUCAAUCCCUAUUGCUCGGACGCGAUGUCGAUCUCAACUCCGCUCGAAACUGAGCCCAAUAAGUUGAAGGUUGCCAGCAACAUCCCCCGCUUGGCCUCGCCUUUCAACUACAGCACUUGGAAUGGUUCCAGUAACGCGAACCAUCAGCAUCGUCGACAUAUCAGUCACCAUCAAUUCGAGACGAUUCAUGCGACUGGCUCCAGGUUGCUCUCACCUUUCAAGUUGGAUGCUGACAAUUCACUCAAUGUCCACAAACGCCGUGCUCAGCACAACUUGGAGGAUGAGUUGAGCCCUAGUGGUAGCAACCUCCAAUCGAAUGUCGAUCUGACUCUUCCUACUCCUAGCACCUUUGAGCCAAAACCCGAGCCUCGUCCUGAACUGGUCUUCACUGGUGCUGGUGACAUUAGCCAGCGGAGAAUUCGUGUUCGCAGUCGAGGAGCAACUUUGGGUGCUAUGAACAGUCGAGAACAUAUUGAUCGCCUCUUCACCCCACCUACCUUUGUCAUGGACGGCGCUGGUGAUGAUGCUGGUAUUCCUCCUGUUCCACCGAUCCCUACAUCGCUUACAGCUCUGGCAAAUCCUGCCGUCAAGGCCAGCACGUCGACUCUGGCUCCACCGGAAGUCGACCCUGCUCAAAAGCGACUCGGAAGUCCGUUCGAGCUCGACCCCAACAAGCGCAGCCAUCGUGCGAGGAUGCCCAGACACGUUCCAAGUUUGAGCGAUCCCUUUAUCAAUACAAGUGCAUUCGCUACGACGCCCAGUCGUGGCCAUGGUCAUACUAACAGUAUGAGUAUUGGUGAACGGUUGGCAAUGUUCUCUACAUACCAUCCCAGCCACUUUCAACGUCGAGGACCGCCUCAACCACCGAGAGAUGAUCCUUUCACUUGAUUUGAUAGGAAAACUGGAAUGAGCAUAAUGCUUGGAAAAUUGCAUACCGAGCUUAAGGUGUUAUUUGUUGUUUGUACUGAAGGAGUUCACAUUAGUUCUCCCAAGCUGGAUGGAACGACUAUGGUUAUUUUUUGGUGGAGAUCUCAAAUCAUGGAGUUCAAGGGCAUUCAGAGCAGGGUCUCACACUAUUGGUAGUCUGGCAAAGCGGAAGGAGUUGUCGGAUCAAAUCUUCAUGAGCAACAGAAAGAUUGCAUUUUGGGGACACAUGGAGUGGUUUGCAUGCUCAGAACAGGGACCGCCGGGGUGUUGACUACUCCGACUCAAAAAGCCAGAGACAAGACGAACAGAAUUGGCCUGACUAGAGAGAAAGGAAAGGAAAAGCAUACAGCUGGACUUUUGCAAAGCAUGGUAUGAACAAAAGGAUUCCAUCUGUGGAUAUGGGUUACGAACGUGGCUGGAAAUGUGUGAGUCGGCUUGAGUCAAGAUUCAGUCAUCAGUUGCCUUGGGAGGUACAAGACACGAUAUUGUCAUUGUUGUGAUUUUUAACGAGGUUACGAACUCUCAAUACGAGACGAGAACGAAGAAUGGGAACGAAUAUAUGAGCUUCA